AUGAAAGGCCGUGAUAUUCGAAUCCAUGAUUUGCAGUACCCCGAAUCGGCAGUAUUACUAGUGUCCCCAGCCCAGAGGAGACAAUGGUGUCGUCUUCAUGAGCGAAACAAGUUCACUAUCAAGUCAGCUCUUCUCCGCGGAGAUACCAGCGUUACCCUUUUGAAUUGCAAGCGCCUUCCAAGCAGAGUAUGGGACUUUUUUGAUCUUGCCGAUCAAGAAAUCGACCAACUCCAAAUCGAUGCUUAUCCGCUUGUUCCCAUGCCCGUCCGUGACCCGGAUCCAAACGGCGACCUAAAAGCGGAUGCUCGAAAAGACAUUGAGUCACGAAGUUGGUACGGUAUGAAGUUCAAAUUCGUCAAAGUACUUGCCAAGGGAGGCCAAGGAUAUGUUUCAUUGUGGGAUAUCGGCUUUGACGAUGGCUCGACCAAAAGAGUGGUGAUCAAGAAGGCUCUGGGGCCCGAUUUCGAUCCCAAAAAGGAAGUCGAAUUCCACCUGCGGUACAACCAUGCGGAACACACAACUCAAGUUGUCAAUCUACGCCAGGAAUCUCUAGGCAUACAUGAGGCGAUGUUGAAGAAAGACCCAUCGUGCCGCCCACGGUUUAGGAAAGGACAUGUCUGGGAUCCCGAACGCAUGGGAUGCGCUGUGUUUGAGUAUGCUCCCUAUGGCGACGUAUGGAAGUACAUGGAGGCCUUUUUUCCGGGGAAAAAGGAGUUCCCGAAUCAAGUUCUUUGGGGGAUAAUGGAGUGUUAUACCCUGGGAAUUGCCACUGUUUCAUAUACACCGACUUUUGAAGAAGGUAGUACGUUCGAACAGGAGUACAAAAGAGCCGAAGAACUGGAUAAGGUGGAGGAUCUUUUGGACCAUGCCGAGACUGCAUGGUAUUCGACCCAUGAUGUCCAUCUGGACCUGGAAGCACUAAACGUACUCAUCGGUGAAGAUCCGUCUCAUGAAUAUCAGCCUGUUUUCAAGUUGCAUGAUUUGGGGGCGUUUAGUGAGUGUAUGCGCGCUCAAUGGAGGACAACGACCGAAGCCAAGAUUUGGGGCCUGCGGCAUUUUCCUAAGAGCCACGCUGUAACACCGGAACAAAUAAGCAAAGAAUGGGACAACCUUCCUAUCCGAUUACCGCCAAAAGAUGCUCGGAGACAAUUUUGUGGCGAGAUUUUUGAAAAGGGGACCAAGUGUGCUGGGCGCUUUGGAACAUGGACCAAUGUCUUUCUCAUUGCCAGAGUGAUGGAGUCCAUGAUUACCCGGGAGAUUAUGAGGUAUCCCUUCAGGCCUGCGCCUCAUAAGAAAGCUGAUGGUUCGGAGGGGCCACAAACAUAUGGCUGGAGGUUGCAGGAACAACGACAUGCUUGGGUCGACCCAGAGCUACGCGAUCUCAUUUGCAUGUGCCUCUACGAGAACCCUGGCGAUAGACCCAGCCCACUGAAUAUGUUGAGAGCCAUAAAGAAGUGGAAGGACUCUGGGCACCAUGAUCCUACAGAGCUUGUUGAAUGGUGGAAAGACGUUCGCGGUCCUCGACCGGUAGAGCAUCACCGGCCAAAGGCACCAAACGCAAACUCCAAUGCCAUUCGACAGGGCGUAAUAGAUCAGAUGGGAGUUCUAGCAUUACAUUCAGUCGGGCAGCCACAUUCAAAGAAUCAACCUUCUGCUGUCAUUCAACCCACUCAACCUGCUAUUGUGGGGGCGGCUCCGAACCAGUCCCAACGUCAAGGUCCUGUGCAAGGAAAUCAAGGAGGCGCCAACCCUCAGCAGGUACCUCCCGCGCAGCCGCAACAACCAAAUCGUCCGGCUGACCCUCACGUUCCUGCGAAGGUUGCUACGACACGCAACAAGAAGAAGAGACCAGCAAAUAUCCAGGUGCGAUUGGAGAAACGUCCGUCAGCUGGUAUUGGGUCAGGCGAAGCCAUGGAUAUUGAGCGCGAGGAGGCUGCUUACCAGUUUAGUGGUGAUCCUGACAACUUCGCUGCACCGAUCGUCCCUCCUGCACAAAUUCAAAACAUUGCCCAGCCUGGACGCCCUUCUAGCAAGUCUAUAGUGAGUAUCAAGCGCGUUACUCAACACCCUGCUAGGCGUAUCGGGUUCGAGGAUCCCCUGAAGCCCUCCAAGGGAUACAAAAUUCACAAGAACCUCCUCUCACCAAAGAUCGGGAAGGUGGUUCGCAGACCAGGCCCAAAGAAGUCCCAGGCGCUUGAGGCACUUGUUCGAGGCGUUACCUCACGUAUGCCUGUAACUAUUCAAAACCUCAUGUCCCGAGCAAAAGAGAUCGAGGCACGACUGGAUAUUGGUGCUGUUCCUAUUUAUGCUUAUCUGAAGUGA